CGGGGCCGCCGGCGCUGCUGCAGCCGCUGCCGCUGCCGCGGGAGGCGUUCGACCUCGGCUGAUAUUCGCCAUCGUGGACUCUGUCAGGGAGGUGCUGUUGUCCUCAUUUUCGCGGAAGAAGAAACAGGCUGGGAGAACUUGAGCCCUUUGACCAAGGUCCUGCGGUUGGUUGGCUGGUAAAUGGAGGGACUGAGGACAAGAUGAAGCUCAUCAUCCUGGACCAUUAUUCUCAGGCCAGCGAGUGGGCAGCCAAGUACAUCAGGAACCGCAUCAUCCAGUUCAACCCAGGGCCAGACAAGUACUUCACCCUGGGACUUCCUACUGGGAGCACCCCAAUUGGUUGCUACAAGAAGCUCAUUGAGUACUGUAAGAAUGGAGACCUGUCCUUCAAAUAUGUGAAGACUUUCAACAUGGAUGAGUACGUGGGCCUUCCUCGAGACCACCCGGAGAGUUACCAUUCCUUCAUGUGGAACCAUUUCUUCAAGCACAUUGACAUCCGCCCAGAAAACACCCACAUUCUGGAUGGGAAUGCAACUGACCUGCAGGCUGAGUGUGACGCCUUUGAAGAGAAGAUCAGAGCCGCGGGGGGCAUCGAGCUGUUUGUCGGAGGCAUCGGGCCUGAUGGACACAUUGCCUUCAAUGAGCCGGGCUCCAGUCUGGUGUCCAGGACCCGUGUGAAGACUCUGGCCAUGGACACCAUCCUGGCCAAUGCUAGGUUCUUCGAUGGUGACCUCACCAAGGUGCCCACCAUGGCCCUGACGGUGGGUGUGGGCACUCUAAUGGAUGCUAGAGAGGUGAUGAUCCUCAUCACGGGUGCUCACAAGGCCUUUGCUCUGUACAAGGCCAUCGAGGAAGGAGUGAGCCACAUGUGGACUGUGUCUGCCUUCCAGCAGCAUCCCCGCACGGUGUUUGUGUGCGAUGAGGAUGCCACCCUGGAGCUGAAAGUGAAAACUGUCAAGUAUUUCAAAGGUUUAAUGCUUGUUCAUAACAAGUUGGUGGACCCCUUGUACAGUAUCAAAGAGAAAGAAACAGAGAAAAACCAGCCUUCUGAGAAACCAUACGGUGAUUAGCCUGUACCCAUCCUAGCAUCGAGUACCUCUUUAGGACAGGCAGAGCAAAUUCUGGAAAUUGCCUUUAGGAGGACAGAAUGGUGUUUCUUUAAUCCAGUAUGGUUACUCCAGAUCAAUGGAUAUUUUUCUUGGCUAUGCAGCAUGGAACCUAGUCAUGAGAGUUUAGCUACAGGGAGGAGGACAUGUUUUCUAACUUACUUUAAUCAGAAAAAGCGUCUCUGAAAAAUGUACUCUGGAAUUUUGAGGUCUGCCCUACACAGAUCAGGAUUUUUAGCUUUUGUUCUGCCUCUGGCACAGUUCUCACAGAUGACACACUCCUGUCAGAAAUUUCUAUCAUUACAUACACUGAUUCUCCAUUGUGGGAGUACGGGGGCCUGUGUAUAUUGGCCAGAACCUGUUUGGAGAGGCUUUGAAAGCCCCUCUUGAGUGGGCCUGCCUCUCCUUUGAGAAUUCAGUGUUCUAGGUUAAGGAACAAAGUCUCAACCUUCUGUUCAGUUAUAAGUGCCAUGGCAAGAAAAUGAUUCCUUUCUUUCCCUAGCUAGUUGUUUUUUUUUCCCCCUGCUCUCACAGUUGGCCUUUCUGUAAACUCAAGAGGACUCCCACCUCCCUGGGGGAGGAUAUGGGUGGCUAGGGCUGAAGAGAAGGCUUUUGCUGAUACACUCAGAGCCUCAAGGUGCCUAGCCACAUCAAACUCCCUUCCCUCUGGGACCCUCUGGCACCCAUGUAGUUGUUCCGAGGUCUCACUGGGGCAACAGAUCCUGCCAUAGUGUCGUGUUCAGCAAAGGGGGCCGGGGCAAGCAGCUCAGGCCUAAGUUUAGUCACAACAGGAACAACAUGUUAUCCUGUUUCUCUGAGUGCUGAGUGCCCGGACAACAUACCAAAUGCUUCUAAAGUUGCCUAAUAGUAGCCUUUCUCCACUUAAAAUACCCUGCCCUUCCAACCCACUCAGGUUCCUGUGGUGUGGUCUGAUGUUCCCAGAGCAUCAGGAAAUAACAGACUCCUUUGUCCCUUUAUCCUUCACCUCUUGUUCACAAAAUGAAUUUAUUGCCCUGCCUUUAGAUUCUCAUAAGCCUUUGUGAAGCGGAUGUUGCCUUCCCCUUCCUGUUUCUGUGCCUGUUUGAAGCUCCUACUUCCUUUCUUUCUGGGAAAGAUCUUUCAGAGACUAGCUCAGGCCUCUCUUCAAGUACUGUAUUGGGUACCAGUGUUUUGUCUUUAGCUUUUAUACGUGAUUGUGCUGUUAUUCUGUCUUAAGCUAAUGGAUCAGUGGACUUGUUUACAAGGUGAUAUUUUCUAUUAAAUCCAGUAUUUUCAAAUAAAAUCUGUCUUUGUGGA